GUGGGCGCCAAGAUGUUUUUGGCAUGCCAAGCUCGCUUGGCUUUUUUUGGGGGACGGGGAGUCUUUAAGGAGGGUUUUGCUGUUCUUCUUUGACAUUGUUUUUCCUUUGAAAUUACUGGUAGACGUUCUUUUGAGGCUAGGUUCGGUUCCUGAUUUCAGCUGAGCUUUUUAGGCCCUCAGUUUUGCCUUGCCAGUUGGGUCCCCUCAUGCUUCGCAGGUGACACUAUUCAUUAUGGGCAUGGCGCCCCUUAACCUUGUUGACCCCGUUGUGGGCUCUGCGACUGCUGCGGUGGUGUUCACGACGGUGUCGCAGUAUGUUCCUUCGAGACGACUGGAGCUGUGCUCUGAGAUGGUCUGUUGGGCUGUUCUUCCGUUCCUCUUCAGAUAUACUGCUCUACCGAACACCCGGGCGUCCUCGCCUUUAUUGAAUGAUCCGCGGAAACAGCGUCAUUCAUCGUUGUCACAAUGGCUUGUUGCGUUUAGUAUCGUGGCGGCUGCUUUUUAUAGAGCUGAGAGUAACACUAUUGGCUUCUAUCCUCUUUUGACCCCUCUUCUCCUUACAGUACAGACGUACUUUCAGCCGAGCAUUUCGUCUGAUCCAGUCCCUACCUCGCCUCUCAUCAGCACCAUCAAGGGGACAACACUGGUAGCUGUCCUUUCAGCGUUCUCACUUUCAAACGGUGAUAUCUUCGGCUCCCUAAUAUCGAUCAUAUUGGUGGCUUCUCUCUUUAUUGUCUACAGCAUCUUCAUCCCGGGCUUCACGGUGAAGGUAUUGUCACUGUCAUCAGUUGACAUCGAGACGAAUAUCAAGGCCAUUGCAGGCCGAACCAUGGUCCUCCUUCUCAUUGCUGUGGCUUUCCAGACUUUGGUUCUCGGACCUCCAAACAGCAAUAUCAUUCUCGUGCCCUUUACGGGAUUAGUCAAGGCCUUGUCUUGGUUCUUUACCAUUCAAGCCGCACGACAAACAUCCUGGUGCAUAGCUACCACGAUAGGAACCUUUGCUAUCGCCUGCACCAGAAAUCCCUUCUCACAAACCUCUCAACUUCAAGCCUUGUCUCACGUCGCAGUCUCAAUACUCACCCUUUAUCAAACAAGUCAACUCCUCCCCAAACAAUCCAAGGGCAAAGCUCUCCUUUGGUCCUGCUUAUCGGCAUCUAUUAUUCCCUAUCUCUACAACGAACACAUGAUCCACGACGCAACAUCCUCAGCAUCCGCCGUAUUCUCCUCUCAAUCUCAUCCCAUCGAAUUACUAGCCCAAGAAGCAAAAUCAGUCUUCGAAAGUCGGUUAAAAAAUCAAUCUCGAACGUAUCUAGCAGCAGUGAAGCAGUACAAACAGCGAUACGGUCUUGAUCCACCACCUGGUUUCGAAGCAUGGUUUGAAUACGCCCUGAAGCACAAUUCACCUAUCAUCGAUGAAUUUGACACGAUUCACAGCGCCAUAUCGCCAUUCCUGAAACUCAGUGGGAACGAAGUUUCUGAAAUGAUUGGAAAGGUAUAUAAAACGCCGCAGAGUGAGGUUUGGCUCUGUCAGCUUUCGGGAAAGACUGCGAAGACAAAGUGUCGUCAUCCGAGUCGUUCUUACGAUCGUCAUUACAGCUAUAUUUUUGAUAAGUUGUUGUGGAAUCUUCCAGGAGUUCUGCCAGAUGUCAAGUUUCUUAUCAAUCAUUUUGACGAGCCGAGGGUUGUUAUACCUCCACAGGCAGGCGACGUCGACAAAGCUAUCCGGCUGAAUGACAUGUCAAUGCAUCCGACUUGGGACUCUCUAACGAAGUCUUGCCCGCUACACAAGACCUAUCGGGAUGACCAAUCUGGCCUCGAGACAUUCGGGCUACCUUUUGUCAGGGAUCACCUCUCCGAGUCAGAUUUGUGCAAACAUCCAGAGUACAAAGAUAUACACGGCGCUUUCAUAAGCCCAAAGACGUUUCGUCUCAUUGAAGGUUUAGCACCAGUCUUGUCAACGGGUGCAUUCUCAACAAUGGGCGAUAUUCUCUUUCCAAGUCCAGCAUACGUCGAAGAAGAGUUUCAGUACGACAAGACCCACGAUGUUCCAUGGUCAAAGAAGAAGAACAACUUAUACUGGACGGGUUCAACUACCGGAGGUUACGCUCUCGACGAUCAGUGGAGGAACCACCAACGGCAGAGAUUCGUGGCUUUGGCGCAGAACCUUGGGCAUCAAGAACACACAUACCUGAGGGAGAAAGACGGCCUGAUCAGCAGUGUCAAGUCAUGGUUCCUAAACGGACGGCUAUACGACGUCGGCUUUACAAGAAUCUUCCAAUGCGACCGCAAAUUCUGCCGCAAUCAAAGCACAUUCUUCAACAUAAAAUCAUGGGCCGACAAAGACGCAGCAUUCCACUCAAAACUCGCAUUCGAUCUCGACGGCAACGGAAUAAGUGGCCGCUACUACAAGCUCUUAUCCUCAAAUACACUUCCCCUUAAGCAAGCUCUUCUUCGAGAAUGGCAUGAUGAGCGGUUGGUGCCGUGGGUGCACUACAUACCCGUCAGUCAGAGCUUGGAAGAACUACCUGAGCUGGUGAAUUACUUGACGUUGAACAAGGCGGGACAAAAGGUGGCAGAGAAGGUUGCGAGACAGGGGAGUGAGUGGAUGGCUAAGGCUGUGAGGGAGGUCGAUAUGACGAUUUAUACUUGGAGAUUGUUGUUGGAACUUGCGAGGCUGCAGGAUCCGACGAGGAAAGGGACUUGAGGCUGAUCUCCUCUGCCUCGAAAACUUGUAACAUUUAAUAACCAUAUUAAGAAUAAGUAAUCCAAAGUUAUAUUGAACUUA